AUGCCUGAGACGUUCAAGCACACGUUCGACACCCCCGUCUUCAAGGGCGACGUCGCUGUCCCCCUUGGUCUCUACAUCGACGGAAAGUGGGUCGACGGCGCGAACAAGACCACCAUCGACGUCAUCAACCCGACCAACGGCAAGACGUUCACCAAGAUCUCCGAGGGCACCCCCAAGGAUGUCGACAUCGCCGUCGCCGCCGCCCAAAAGGCCUUCGAGACUGUCUGGGGUCUCAACACUACCGGCAACGAUCGUUCCCGCCUCAUGCACAAACUCGCCGACCUCAUGGAGGUCAACGAGGAUAAGCUCGCCGCGCUUGAGGCCCUCGACAACGGCAAGACCUUCGUCUGGGCUAAACGUGCAGACAUCGCGCACUCCAUCACCUGCCUUCGCUACUACGCCGGCUGGGCCGACAAGAUCCUCGGCCAGGUCAUCGAGACCUCCGAGGCCAAACUCACCUACACCCGCCACGAGCCCGUCGGCGUCGUCGGCCAGAUCAUCCCCUGGAACUUCCCUCUCCAGAUGAUGGCCUGGAAGAUCGGUCCCGCGCUGGCCACCGGUUGCGCGAUCGUCAUGAAGCCGUCCGAGUUCACACCCCUCACUGCGCUCUUCAUGACCGAGCUCAUCCACGAGGCCGGCUUCCCCCCUGGCGUCUUCAACCUCGUCAACGGCUAUGGCAGUGUCGUCGGCCAGGCGAUCGCCGAGCACCCACACAUCGAAAAGGUGGCGUUCACCGGAAGCACCCUCGUCGGUCGUAAGAUCAUGGAGGCCGCCUCCAAGUCCAACCUCAAGAAGGUCACGCUCGAGCUCGGCGGCAAGAGCCCGACCAUCGUCUUUGACGAUGCUGAUGUCGAUCAGGCUGUCAAGUGGGCCGCAUUCGGUAUCUACUUCAACCACGGCCAGUGCUGUUGUGCCGGCUCGCGUAUUUUCGUCCACGAGAAGAUCUACGACGAGUUCCUCCAGCGCUUCACCGAGCACACCAAGACGCUCAAGGUUGGUGACCCCUUCGACCCUGAGAACUUCCAGGGCCCGCAGAUUUCGCAACUGCAAUAUGACCGCAUCAUGGGCUACAUCGACUCCGGCAAGGAGCAGGGCGCGACGCUCCACCACGGCGGCAACCGCGUAGGGAAUGAGGGCUUCUUCAUCACCCCGACCAUCUUCACCGACACGAAGCCAAACAUGAAGAUCGUCCAGGAGGAGAUCUUCGGGCCGGUGUGCGUGGUGAUCAAGUUCAAGGACGACGACGACAUCGUCGCGCAGGCGAAUGACUCCAUCUACGGUCUCGCGGCGGCAGUGUUCUCGCAGAACAUCACCCGCGCGCUCUCGACGGCGCACAAGCUCAAGGCGGGAACCGUCUGGGUGAACACGUACAACAUGCUCUACCCUAACGUUCCUUUCGGCGGCUACAAGCAGUCCGGCAUCGGGCGCGAGCUCGGCGAGUACGCGUUGUCCAACUACACCGCGACGAAGGCGGUUCAGGUCAACCUCCACAUUAAGAUGUGA